AUGUCUACUGCCGUUGAAAACACCACCGACAACGUCGCCGCUACCCCCGCCGCCACCGCCCCGGAGGCUACUACCAACGGCACUGCUCCUGCUCCUGCCCAGUCUACGGACGCGGCCGCCGCCAGUGCCGAUGAAGGACGUCGGUUGUACAUUGGGAACCUCGCUUAUGCGACCACUGAGGGGGAACUCAAGGAGUUCUUCCAGAACUACAAGAUUGAGAGCGUCUCCAUUCCUGUGAACCCCCGUACCAACCGUCCCGUUGGCUAUGCCUUCGUGGACUUGGCCACCGCUCACGAGGCGACCGCUGCUAUUGAGGAGCUAUCUGGAAAGGAGAUCCUUCAGCGCAAGGUCUCCGUGCAGCUCGCCCGCAAGCCUGAGCCUGCCGAGGCCAAGGCUGAGGGUGCCGCAAGUGGCGGUGAGGGCGCCAGCGGUGCUGAAGGUCGCAAGAGAUCCGGUGGUCGUGCCCGUGGCCGUGGCCGUGGCCGCGGUCGUGGUGGCCGCCUGCCCCGCGGAGGACGCUCGCCCCCGGCCCAAGCUGAGCAGGCCCCUACGGAGCCCACCAACGUCCCUGAUCAGGUCGUCCCCUUGACUGAGGUCACCAACCAGAACGAGACCGUUGCCGCUCCUGAGGCUGGCAAGCAGGCCGGCAAGCCCCGUGCUCCCCGUGCUCAGAAGCAGCGCGGCCCUCCUGAGGAUGGAAUCCCUUCCAAGACCAAGGUUAUGGUGGCCAACCUCCCCUAUGACCUGAGCGAGGACAAGCUCAAGGAGAUCUUCGCCGACUACCAGCCCGUUUCCGCCAAGAUCGCCCUCCGCCCCAUCCCCCGCUUCAUGAUCAAGAAGCUCCAGGCUCGCAACGAGCGCCGCAAGGGUCGUGGCUUUGGCUUCGUCACCCUUGGUUCCGAAGAGCUCCAGGAGAAGGCCGUGAACGAGAUGAACGGCAAGGAGAUUGAGGGCCGCGAGAUUGCUGUCAAGGUUGCCAUCGACAGCCCUGGCAAGGAAGAUGAUGCCGUCCCGGUGACCGAGAAGACUGAGAAGACCGAGGAGGCCACCGAGGCCACCGAGGCUCCAGCUCAGGAGAAUGCUGCUCCGGCGGCUGCUGCUGCUGCUGAGUAA